AUGGUCAAGAAAGCUGAGUUACGGCGGAGUUGCACCUUCUGUCGCGCCCGCAAGAUCGCCUGUUCUGGCGAGCGCAUUUGCACGGCAUGUCGCGAUCGGUCUAUUGAAUGUAUUUAUGGCCUGGAGGGGGCCAAGGGUCGUCCUCGCCUGGUUAAAACCUCGCCAGGUAUACCUCCUGCUGCUACUGCUGCUUCUCCUGCUCCUACUACGGCUGCGGCUGCUGCUGCUGCUGCUGUUACCACCACUACCACCAGCCUGGCAGCAGAACUGGAUAUUAUGUUUCGCGAGAACUUCACCCUCAGCGCUCUGCCUCCGCUCCGACAGGGAGUACUCAGUUACUCGGGCUUUUUAGCUCUGGUCAUGCAAGAGUUGAUUGAAACUGUCGCCGUCAAAUUCAGCAACCUAGGCUGUCAUCCCUUCCUCGGACCCGGGGAGAGUUUUUAUCACGCCUCCAUGCUGCAGGACACUACCAAGGCGAUGUUCGAUAGUCCCCCGGCCUCCUCCUCAGACCUGGGCAUAUGGGAUGACUAUAACCCGCAUCUCACCUCGCAGUAUCUCGAGGUCUGGUUCAGUAAUCAUCCCUUAUCGAUCCUCAUCUCCAAGUCACUUCUUCUCCGCGACCUGCGCAGCCAGACGGCCAAUCGGAUAUUGUUGGCGAUCCUGCUGGCGGACGCCCAUCACUUUGCCGAGGAAUCUAGCAAGGGAGAUCGCCUGGUGCAGUGGGCCAUCGCGCAAUUACCCAGUGUUCCUGCAGGGAAGGGGGAUCUCACCACCGCGCAGAGUCUCCUCCUUCUGGGCUGGUACCAUGCCUGCCGCGGGCACUCGCGCCGGGCAUUAUGCUAUGUGGGAUACGCAGGCCGUAUCAUCACGACGUUGAAGUGCCAACUGUCAGAGUCGUCUUCAGCCGGGCAGACGCACAUCAAUGGUGUUGAUCACGGCGCAGUCGAGGCAGAGCUAAUUCACAAUAUAUGCUGGAUGGAUAUGCCUCUGGUAGAUCUCAUGCCCGCGCGGCUCAUGCAGGUACUUCCUGCCAUUUCAGAGGCCGAGUCGAUGCUGCUCCAACUCGAUCGAGCAACCGAGAACCUCUCUACCCUGAAAUCGCAGUUCUCUUCCUUGCAGUCGGUGUGGCUGCUGGCACAUGUCACCUCGUUGAGCGCGCGUCUCCCGCCGGUGCCGCAACCGUGGCAAGAGUCGAUACUGCACCGGCUCGAUCGCCUCCUGCACCAAGGCCGCAGUCUGGCGCAGGUUUGCGCGGGGGUCCGUGACGCCCUACUGGACAUCGUUGCGAUGGUGCAGCACGAAUCGGGUGAUAGCUGGGGUGGUCCGAUACUGCGUGUUUUCUAUCAGGCUAUGGGGAACGACACCGCCCAGGUUCUUGUCCUCAGCGACUCGCUCUCUGAACGGCUCACAACCUCUAUGCAUGCUUUGAAGCAGCUGUUCCCCGCGAUUCAAGCCCUCUCGCAACAUCACUUUGGCCACGCAGCUAGCACGGACUCCGCCUCGCUUCAUUUCUACAUGCUUGGCCUGGACGCUGUCAGUCGAGCUCUCAUGUAUAUCCUCACUCUCUGGGACCGUGCCACGACGGUGGAGCAGCAGCUCUGGCGGGCUAGGCUUCUCAGGCUUUUAGAAGGGGGGCUGAUGAUGCAAGAGCUCUUCGAUCACGAGACUCUCUUAAAGGGUUGCCGAUGGCGCGCAGUAAACCGUCAGCUCAAGGCCGCUUGCAGCAGACUCGAGGGGGUGAUUUCCAGCUUCCGAGAUCAGUCCUGCCACAGCUUUUCUGGUGCAUUGGACCUCAAUCUGCCUUCGCAGCAGACAUUGGCCGCGGACAAUCCCAUCACAGCGCCGGUGUCUUCGUGCUCGUCGCUCGUGCCCGUCGCCCAUGAUGCGGACUUCGAGUGGCUGGACUUGCAAGACGUCACGAGCCCCCCAACCACGGCGUCCGACUUGCGAGACUUCGGCCUCGCAUCGUUGGCUAACCCCGUCCCCGUUCUGUCAUUGAAUCCGUUUGACUCCCUGCCCGGCGUGACUGGGCCAUCCUGUCUGGUUCAACCAGGCCGGACUGCUCUUCCAUUUAGCCUGUCAUGGGACGAUGCAAUCAUGAAUUCUGUACUUCAACCGGUGAGCGUCAUGCCACCGCCGUCGUCGGUCUCGCUGGGUGGUCUUGGUUCGAGGGGCCAGGAGAGCCAGAGGAAGCGAUCGUCGAACGAUCUCAGCGGUGUAGAGGAGGGGGGUGCGUUGGGGAUGAGCCGGGUAGAGGAACCGAAGACGAAGCGAUUGAGGGAGUUGCGCUCACAUAGCGCCUCUCAUUAA